AUGUCAAAUAUACUUGAAGCUUCUAAUCAAUCUCAUUCGCUAAUACAUACAAAAGUUGACGUCCAGACAAUACCAACUAUACUUGAAGCUUCUAAUCAGUCUCAUUGGCUAAUACAUACGCAAGUUAAAUAUUACACACUUAGCCCAAAUUCCUCUUAUCAUUAUGAGUUUCGUUAUCAGUUGUUGAAAAAGGAUUCUUCUCAUCGUCUUAUCCUUCUUCUGGGUGGCCACAAACGAAAAUGCAUUGAUUGGUGGACAUUUUCUGUUGGCCGUCGUAUUUUAUCUGCCAUUCGUUCCUCGAAUUAUUCUAUACUUUCUGUUUGCUCAGCUCGAUCUACUUUCGAUCAUAAUAUUCCAAUAGAAGAGAAUCAGGAUGUCAAGUGGAUAUAUAAAUCACUUCAGGUGUGGAUGAAUGAUGUGUACUAUGCGAAAUAUGAACAGUAUCCACUGUUAUAUCUCUAUGGAGUUAGCCGUGGCUCCCACUUUGCUGGCUUGCUCUGUCGUGUUCUUCCUGUCCGGGCGCAAAUUUUGUACAUAUAUCCCGGCUACUUUGAAGGCAUGACGAUACGAUCAGUACUAGACAGAGACUUACAAACGCGUCUUAUAGUAGAUUCAACAUUUUCUUCUUGGUUUCACUUUAAAUUUUGUUAUACAAUGACCUUCGACUUGUGUUUAUUUCAAAGCAACAAAAUAUCGAAUUUUAGCCCUGUGCCUCCCACAUACUUUGUUCAUGUAGUAAAUGAUAAAAAAUUAAAUGAAUCCGACUAUACGAGGUUAAUAGCAGCGAUCAAAGAUGAUUCUUACGAAUUGGGCGGAUUGGUUCUGAACGAUACGGAGUCAUUAAAACUGCACAUUAGCUUUCCACCAAACGCUACACCAUCUUAUAUGCAAGAACACUUUUACCAAUGGCGGCAUAAGCUGCAUGCCUCUGAACUUCUCUAUGAACAUUUGAGUGGUUUUCCAAAGCUUCCUGAACAGCAAAAUAGUGAGUAUAAGUUUCAAACAUUCUGGUGUCAUCGUGGAGAUUUUACUUUUUUCGAACGAUAUCCCUCAAUUAUGCAGACAUGGAAUGAAAAACAACAAGAAGAAUACCGCGAGUACAGUAAUGAUAUUAAAACAUUUCACGAGCAAUUAACCGAAGAAUUUUGUGGGGAUCUACGUGGGCAACACGCAAUGCUCUCGUUGGACAUUGAAGGCGCUCUGUUUUGGGUGAGUGAAAUUGACUCAUUGCGGCAUCGUGUGAAAAUGCAAAACUUUCUGUCUCGCCCGCUACGAAUAUGGAUGUAUAACAAGGAAAGUCUAGUGCCUGAACGAUAUCGCAAUCAUCAUAUCAAGGCUAAUUGUUCACACAAUCUGUAUGGCAAUGAAAUGUACUCUUCAGAACAUAUCAUCCAAGUUUACUUUAACCAGUCUAGCUACGUGGGCAAUCCUCUCUUGGCGGACUAUUUUCUGAUUCCUCACGACUUGUACUGCUUUAUAUUCUUUCAUCAGCUAUUUGUUAAUUUUACUGAUGAGCAAUUCAAGGCGCACGUUUCUCACUAUAGCAAUCAUUAUUUUGAGCCAAUAAUUGACAGAAUACGCUAUGAAUUUCCUUACUGGACUAUGACAGAUAAACCAGGAUCUAAUCAUCUUAUUGCAUUCGUUGGAGGUAGAAAUAUGGGCGUUCUCGAUAAUCGACUUCAAGAUCUACUCAAAAAUGUAAUCCAGCUAGGGCCCACUGGAGUCCGACAAGAUCUGUUAUCGCAAAAUGCACCAGAACUGUAUUUACAUCGUAACUUAUCGAUUGUCUAUCGACAUGGUUAUGAUAUUGUAGCUCCACCUUUUACACCGACAGAAAUCAUAGAAAUCAAUACGUCAAAUGACUGGUACCAGAUGAAAAAACGACUACUGUACUUUGCUGGUAUCUUUAAUCAUUCGCUCUCGUCGAAAUCAGCUAGGCGUCUGUUAUUUGCAUUUACCAAAAAUCUCUCCAGUUUGAUCAGAAUUGAAAAGAAAGAAUUCCAUCCAAUCACUGUCGUGGAUGGUCACGUUCCUAUGCAAGAAUAUUUAGAGUCAAUUGUGUCAAGCGUAUUCUUACUUUGCCCUGAAGGUUAUAGUCCUUGGACUCCUCGUAUUUAUGAAGCCAUCAAUCUGGGAUCUAUUCCUCUGAUCUUGUCAGAUGGAAUUGUGCUGCCUUUUGAACGAUUCAUUCCUUGGCGUUCCUUUUCGUUAAAAUUGAAUGUCAGCAAUGUGUAUAAUAUAUUAGAUUUCGCCAUCGGUAAUAGUAGUUCGAAUUUUGAAGAGCGUAUUAAGAGAAAGAAGAGAAAUGCUCAACGGUACAUGAAUGCCUUUCGAUGGCUGUUCAAGAACGACCGAAACAAGAAGAAACCAGAUCGUUUCAUUCCAGAGGAAGAUGUGAAGACAAAUGUGUUUCAUUACAUCUAUCGAGAAUUAAAAUGUCGAUAUAUAGAACAGUUUCUUGGUGCUUCGUGGGAUAUUUUCUCAAGUGCAUCAAUAAACGCGCGUCAGCAAGCAUGCGUAACAUAUUCACACAUAUGUCCUUGCACCAUUGAACAGCCAAUAGCCUUUGAUCAAUAUAAUUAUGGAAAGCAGCAUUCUCAUAAGCAGUCAUCGACGUCAUCAGUCAAAGCACCAAGCACCAAAGCCGUGCUCAAUACAAAAAAGUUAAAGCCUAUUGACCUCAAUAGUACUAUAGUCGUUUUGGGCAAAUUAGUCAAGAAAUUGAACAAACUGCUUGAAGCAAAAACAACUAUAUAA